AUGGAGCAAAUAUCGGUCCAGGAAACAGCAGGAUCACCAAGGGUCCAGUUUCAGUCUCUGGACACCCAGUCUGAGGGUCUGUCCCCAGAGCCUCAGUUCGUGCAGGAGACCGUCAUGGAACAGGGACCCAUUGGGGCUCCACCUGUUCCCCAGGUGCCUGCUCUUCCCCAUGCGGGAAGCCCAGGAGACCAGGCAGCUGCGCUCCUGACAGCCAGGUACCAGGAGUUUGUGACAUUUGAGGAUGUGGCUGUGUACCUCACUCGAGAGGAAUGGGGAUGCCUGGACCCUGUUCAGAGAGAUCUCUACAGAGAAGUGAUGUUAGAGAAUUAUGGGAACGUGGUCUCGCUGGGCAUACUUCUCCGUCUUCCCACCACCCGGAUACAUAAUGUGAAUUCCUGCCCAGCCUUGAGUCAUACCCAGGCAAGUGCUUUCUCUGGAGACACCCUUGCAGUCCUUUCAGCAGGAAUCUCCAAAAGAUGGCUCAAGUAUCGACUUCCCAUUGAUAUUGUUCAUCCCUGCGCGGAAACUCCUUUUCCACGGUUGUAA